AUGGACACAACAUGCUUGGAAUCCUUCUCAUGCUUGAUUCUUUCUGUAUUUGUGAUAUUGUGUCUGCCGCUGUCAGCCACAUCUCAUUUUCCUUCCCAGAAUGCAACAGUGUAUUUGGGAUCUAGUUUCAUUCAGGAAGCUUUACGCAGAGCCAGAGAGCUGACAGACGCCGCGUAUGCUCACACCAAUGAGAGAGUGAAGACGUCCGUUUCAGAUGGUUCUGUCCGACCCAGUGACCUGCUGGCCUUGUUCAAACAAACCGGCCCGAAAACCAGAAGCCACAUCACAUCCGCCGAGUUUCUGGAUAAUACUGUAGAGCUGAUCAGAGAGAUGGUUUACACACACUCCAUGGACAAACCCGACCUCACCGAGCUUUUAAGUGCAGAAGAUAUGGAGACCAUACUGCAGGUAACAGGCUGUUCCUCAGAGACGCUGAGACACGAAUCCUUCUCAUGCUUGAUUCUUUCUGUAUUUGUGAUAUUGUGUCUGCCGCUGUCAGCCACAUCUCAUUUUCCUUCCCAGAAUGCAACAGUGUAUUUGGGAUCUAGUUUCAUUCAGGAAGCUUUACGCAGAGCCAGAGAGCUGACAGACGCCGCGUAUGCUCACACCAAUGAGAGAGUGAAGACGUCCGUUUCAGAUGGUUCUGUCCGACCCAGUGACCUGCUGGCCUUGUUCAAACAAACCGGCCCGAAAACCAGAAGCCACAUCACAUCCGCCGAGUUUCUGGAUAAUACUGUAGAGCUGAUCAGAGAGAUGGUUUACACACACUCCAUGGACAAACCCGACCUCACCGAGCUUUUAAGUGCAGAAGAUAUGGAGACCAUACUGCAGGUAACAGGCUGUUCCUCAGAGACGCUGAGACACGUGUGUAAAUCUGACUGUGUGUCCAAACGCUACCGUACCAUCACAGGACACUGCAACAACAGAGAAAACCCUCAAUGGGGGGCGGCAAACACCCCUUACGCCCGCUGGUUGUCGCCGGAGUACGAGGACCCUCGAGGGGCCCCCAGGGGCUGGAACCCACAGCACACCUACCACAACCACACACUACCACCUGUAAGAGUGCAGGACAGUCUGAGAAAUACAGAUGGAGGUUUAAUUAUUAGUCUGUAA